UUUUGUCAUCUAACAUCCUGUGACAACAUUUUAUAGUUAGCUUCAUGUUGGCCAAUUACGGCAUCCUAGUUUGGUUACCUUGUACUUCACUAUUCACAAUUUUCAAUGGUCCAAGAGAAUAAUAAGCAUAUCUUUUCUCAGUGAUGUGCUUUCACUUUAUGCAUUCAUGGGGUUCUAAAAAGCCACUUGGUUCUUGUGCUUGGAACUGGAAAUAAACACAGUGGUAGAGACUAGAGAGUGUUUUUUCUUGUAAAUUGGUGUUACCAUGUCUUCCUCGUACUUCCCUCUUCGUUGGGAGAGCACAGGAGACAAAUGGUGGUAUGCAACUCCAAUUGAUUUUGCAGCUGCAAAUGGUCUCUAUGAUUUGGUCAUUGAGCUUCUCCACCUUGACACUAACCUCCUCAUUAAGCUCACUUCACUUCGUAGAAUUCGCCGCCUUGAAACUGUGUGGGAUGAUGAGGCUCAGUUUGAAGAUGUUGCUAAGUGUCGUUCCAAGGUUGCAAGGAAUCUUCUGCUUGAUUGUGAGAUAGGAAGUGGGAACAACUCUCUCAUUCGUGCUGGCUAUGGUGGAUGGCUUCUCUACACUGCUGCUUCAGCUGGGGAUGUUGACUUUGUUAAGGAAUUGUUGGGAAGAGACCCUUUGCUUGUGUUUGGUGAAGGAGAGUAUGGUGUCACUGACAUACUUUAUGCUGCAGCUAGGGGCAAAAACUCUGAGGUCUUUUUGCUCCUGUUUGGUUCUGCCCUCUCAAGAAAAGAGUUUCUUAGCAGCACUGGAGCAGAAUUGGGAGAGAAGUUAGAUGAAGGUGCUUGGGUUUUCAAUAGGGAAAUGGUGAACAGGGCCAUUCAUGCUGCUGCUAGAGGAGGGGAUUGGGAAAUACUGAACAAGUUUCUAGCAAGUGUUUCUGAGAUUUUAUCCUAUAGAGAUGCUCAAGGAUGUACAGUCUUGCAUUCAGCAGCAGGAAGAGGCCAAGUUGAGGUAGUGAGAAAUCUAAUUGUAUCAUCUGAUAUUAUCAACUCAACUGAUGCUCAAGGCAAUACAGCAUUGCAUGUGGCUUCUUAUAGAGGUUACUUACCUGUGGUAGAGAUUCUGAUUCGAGCAUCUCCCUCAUUAGCAAUGUUAACCAAUCACUAUGGAAAUACUUUUGUUCAUAUGGCAGUUGUUGGUUUCAGAAGCCCUGGUUUCUAUAGAUUGGACAAGCACACUGAGCUCAUGAAGCAAUUGAUAAGUGAAAAGAUUGUGAACAUGCAGGACAUCAUCAAUGUGAGGAACAAUGAUGGAAGAACAGCUCUUCAUGUAGCUGUGAUUCAUAACAUCCCAUGUGAUGUAGUGGAAUUAUUGAUGUCUGUUCCAUCAAUUGAUUUGAACAUUCGUGAUGCUGAUAGGAUGACCCCUCUGGAUCAUCUGAAGCAAAGACCAAGAUCAGCAUCUUCUGAAAUUUUAAUCAAGCAACUGAUUUCAGCUGGAGGGAUUUCUAAUUGCCAGGAUUAUAUGGCAAGAAAUGCUCUUGUUACUCAUUUGAAAACACAUGGUAUUGGAGCCAGUCCUGGAACUUCAUUCAGAAUAUCAGAUGCUGAGAUAUUCUUGUACACUGGAAUUCAGAAUUCAUCUAAUGUCAAUUAUGAUCAGGCAAGUAUAGAAUCAAAUCCAUGCUCUAGUGAACUAAACAAUUAUGAGUCAGCCAAUUCCCCAUGUAACAGCAAUUCUAGUUCUGUCAAUUAUGCUGCAAGGAGCUUAAAGUUUCUUAUCCAGUGGCCUAAGAAAAGAGAGACAAAAGCAACCACCUCAGAGUUGGAAGAUGGUGAUUCUGUGAGUUCUUUCAGUUCAAGGAAAAACUUGGAAAACUUUCCAGUCCCAUUAAGGCAAAGAUACUCAAAAACAUGCUCUCUUCCAAACAACAAAAGAACACUAUCUAUAAGGACUUAUCUUCCAAGUCCUUCUUCCAAAAAAUAUUUUACUGCAGGCCUAAUGCAAGGGGUAAUUCAAGUAAAGCCACAUGUGCCUCUUCAUGUUCAUUCAACUUCUAGUCGUUUUCAAGAAUUAUCUAUUUCUUCUCAUUCUUCGACCAAUAAACAAAAACGUGUUGAUAUAAUGGGACCCUCUUGCUCCAAUCUGCCAAUAGAUGAUGGUACCCUACAGUUGAACUACAAGCAGGGCUCCUUCAACAAGAAAUUGAUGAACCAAUAUUUUUCUUUUGGAGCACAAGAACAGGUUGUGGAAGAUGCAAAUAGCUGUACACGGUCAAAAAGCAGUUAUAAGCGUUUCAGUUCUUUAGUUGCAUAAAUGUUAUUAUGAGCCAUUUUGUAAGAAAGAGUACAUACUCUCACUCAAGAACUUGUUAUGAUCACAUGUUCGAAAAAGUUUGUGUAAACUAUGCAUAAUAAUAUCUGCACAUAGUAUAGCCCUGCAAG